UGCAUUCCCAUACGUUAAUCUUCUUAUCUUUAAAAUGUAUUUUAUAAUUUUUCAACAAACUGCUUUGUGGACUAUGGUAGCCAAAUCUUUGUUGCUUGGUGGGUGUGAUGCAAACUCCAAUCGAUAAUUUUUUUACAGAAGUCCAUACGAGCAUGGCGUUAUCAACAUUUACCAGGGAAAAGGUAUUCAAUUUGUCACCCGAUCCAUUACUCUAAACAAUCUACUCCUUGAUGGGAAGAAGACACGUUGUGGUUGUGCUGAAAUUGCAGAGCAGCCAAAAUGGAGGGAGGCUCUAGCUAGGGUCUGAACAUCAUCAUCAUGGCAGGAAGCUUAUACCAGUGUUCUAUAACUAUUACUCCAUUUACACAUAUGGAGUAUAAUCAAACGAGGAAUAUCUUAUUCCAUUGCCGACCUUCAUUUCAUGGAACCAAAGGAAAUCGGCUGAGUCUUUCCACAAGAAGGGCCACCAAAUUGUCUUGGCUUAUUCCAAAAAUGUGUUGGGGCAUUCCCAAAAUGUCUCGUGUCGUUCCCAAAACGCAUCAGAAUGCCCUAUCUCUUGUGGAUUUUGCCAGAUUUAAUACAGAAAAAGAAAAACCUCUAGAAUUAAUCGCGGUUUCUGAGACAGCAUUCAGGACUCCUAAAAUAUCGAAGCAGACACUAUCAGUAUUGGUGGCAAUUUCAUUUGCUGCCGCAUUUUUUUUCAGAUGCAGAGCAGUUUAUGCACUUGACUGUCUUCCAGCACCAACUCACCAGCAGCUAGUAGCAAACAUGAAAGCCUUAUGGAAGCUCAUGUGGCCUAAAGUUUUGCAGGUUCUCAGUGUUUUUAGGGACCAGGGAUUGAUCAUAACUGCUCUUUUGUGCUUGUCAGCGUUCUUUUCAAUGGCUGAGACAGCUAUCAUGACACUAUGGCCCUGGAAGGUUCGUGAGCUAGCUGAGAAAGAACCUGAAGAUGGAGUUUUCCGAUUGCUUCGUCAAGAUGUUACUCGAUUUCUUACAACUAUUCUUAUUGGCACAACUGUAACAAACAUUGCAGCAACUGCACUUGUUACUGAGGCAGCAACGACACUCUUUGGUGAAGCUGGAAUCAGUGCAGCAACAGGAGUCAUGACAGUUGUUGUUUUACUGCUUACUGAAAUUACUCCCAAGAGCAUAGCCGUCCAUAAUGCAACAGAAGUGGCACGCUUUGUGGUAAGGCCAGUGGCUUUAAUUUCCUUAGUGUUGUAUCCAGUAGGCCAGGUUUGCACAGCUUUAUCUGUGGGCAUGCUGAAGAUCUUGGGACUCAAGAGUAGAAGCGAACCCCUUGUCACUGAGGAUGAGCUCAAACUAAUGUUGAGAGGUGCAGAGAUGAGUGGGGCAAUCGAAGAAGAAGAACAGGAUAUGAUUGAGAAUGUUUUAGAUUUCAAGGAGACUUCUGUAGGAAAAGUGAUGACUCCUCUUGUAGAUGUAGUUGCUAUUGAUGUUGAUGCCACCUUGAUGGAAUUUCGCAACCUUUGGGUGACCUACCAAUAUUCUAGGGUGCCUGUUUUUGAACGGCGUGUUGAUAACAUUGUUGGAAUUGCAUAUGCGAUGGACAUGCUGGAUUAUGUUGAACAGGCAGAGCUGUUGCAAAGGCUAACAGUUGGGCGUAUUGCACACAAGCCUGCCUAUUUUGUUCCUGAUUCUAUGUCAAUUUGGAGGUUGCUGAGGGAGUUCAGAAUAAGGAAGGUUCACAUGGCAAUUGUUCUCAAUGAAUAUGGUGGAACAAUAGGAAUAGUGACAUUGGAGGAUGUUGUUGAAGAAAUUGUUGGCGAGAUCUUUGAUGAAAGUGAUUCAAAGGAAGAAAUUCAAAAGAAAACAGGUUAUGUAGUGCAACGUGCUGAUGGAGUGUAUGAUGUGGAUGCAAAUACAUCUAUUGAGGACCUUGAGGAGGCAUUGGAAGUUAAAGUAGCUGUGGGUCCAUAUCAGUAUGAGACAGUUUCUGGUUUUGUUUGUAGGGCUUUUGGAUAUAUUCCACGAACAGGACAGAGUAUUGAUAUAGUUCUUCAGAAAGAGAGUGUUGAAGAGAGUGAAGAUUUUGGAGAGAGUGGUGCGGACCAUCAUGAAGAACAACGAGAAAAGAACAAAAAAUAUAAACUUGAGAUUUUGGCAGGUAAUGCUAGGAAGGUUGGUGCUGUUCGUUUUAAAGAGAUAGAUGGGGAAGAAAGCGAAAAUGACAAGGUUACUCAUGUCUUCCCUCAUAUUCUGAAGCCAAGAUGGGAAAGUGGAUAUGAGACAGAUGAUCAUAAAGUGCAGUCAAACCAGGAAACAAUACUUGAUACUAAAUCUCCUAUGAUUCUUUCUAAGAAAAGGGAAAUUUUCAAGAGUAUGCAGGCAGGGACUCCAAAUCAUCAAGCAAUUGCUGAAAAUGUUAAUGUUGAAGCUGAAGCAAAGGCACAGGUGGUGGAUGUUUCUGAAUUGACUGUUAUAUAUCCCGAUGAUGUUAGUGCAGUUGAGGAUAAUAAUUUGCAUAUGGCGCAAACAGAGGAUAUUGAUGUCCCUGCAACAAGAAAUUCAGGUGAAACCUGGAAACAAUAUGAAAAGAAAGCAGAGAGAAGGAAAAGGAAACGAAGAAAACAAUCCCUUGAAGAGUCUGUUGAUUUAGAGAGUGAACAAACAGUAGACUUAAGACAGAAGGAGACUGAUUGAUUACAAUGCUACAUGAAACUGAGAUAAACUAGAAUCAUUUGUUAGUUCAAAGUCUAUGGUGCGAAUUUGGUUUUAAUAUUCUUAAUUCCUUGUUCGUCUUUCAACCAAUUAGACAUAAUGAGAAUGUUCCGAAAUCAAAAUACCAAAAUGUAAUCCUUUCAGUAGAGGUAGAAAUGGCCUGUUUUUCAUAACUGUAAUUUGUUGGAAAUUUUUAUCCGCUGUAACAUUCUUUAGAGUAAUUUCAGUUGUUUAUAAAGGAAAACUAUCUAAAACUUAGGAAAGUAUGGUACACCUAAUUUUACAAUAUUUGUUAUUGGCAA